AUGCUAAGUCUGGAAACGACCGUUACACCCUCGUUGGCGGCGAGUAGUGAAGAUGAAACAACAACGAGCAACAACAAGGUUUCGGCUUCAUCCACCGUAUCAACCGCUCAUGUUGGUGGAGGCUCUUCAUCCUCUUCGGAAAAUUCAUCAUCAAAGAGUAAAUCAAAGAAAAAGCAGGGCAAGUCUUCCAAGAGUUCGGGAUCGGGGAGCACAACCACACUCUCAUCAUCACCUUCACCAUCAUCAUCGGGCAAUGUUGUUGCUGAGCCUAGCGUGUUAGAAAGUUUUGUAAAAUCCAUUGAAACGCUACCAAUAGAAAUUAAGAAAGAUCUAGCUACCAUACGCGAGUUAGAUAAAAAGUGUGCAAAAAAUAUCAAUUUGGCGAAUGAAAGUUCCGUGUCAAAAAAGACUGACGAAGAGAAAUUGGAUGAAAUUAAACCAUUGAUGACGGAUGCCAUUAAUUUAUGUAACGAAAAAUGCAGUAUUGCAAAAAGAGCCAUGAAGACAAUUUCGCUUCACAUUGAACAAAUUGAUAAGGACAUUGAGGAAUUGACAAAAAUACUUCAACAAAAACCUCAAGUUUCACUCAAAUUAGAAUCCUUGUACAUUCCACAGCUCUCUGAAGAUCAAGAAGUGAGCUAUUUCACAAAUUCUGAGCACAUAACUAGCUUAUCUGGCGACAAAUCCACGUUACAAAAAAACAAACGUCUCGUUCAACACUCGGAAAAUUUGAAAAGUCUUAAAAUUGGAGCUCUAAAGGCAUUUCCAGAGAAGGAAUUGCAUUCUCAUGUAUUUAAUCACACGCCAGAGCAGGAAGGCCUUGUGCGUGGAAAUUCAACAACAACUAGGUCCUCAUACAGUCAUAGCAGUACUACUUCAACGAAAAAGGCAGAAAAAGACACAACUUCCCUGGUUACCAUCAAAACGGCCGGUGGAUCGGUCAUAUCCGUACCUGCCCCAGAUGGAACAUCUGAUAAUGCAUUCAGGCCAAACCCUCUCCCAUUAUUGUCUGUAGAGACGAGAAAGACAAAGCAAAAGAAAUCAACAUCUCGUGCACAUCAAGAUAUCACUAUCAACUGCACAGAUAUUACUGCAGUGAGAAAGGAAGUCGUUCCAACUGCUGAACGAACAGUCGAUAUUUCAGAAAUCAAAAUUCCAAAGAAGGAUGGGUCCAAGAAGAGAAAACAAAUUUCUGGAGCCAGUUCCUCAUCCAAAAAGAAGAAAGAACAAGCAGUUGUUGUGGAACCAGUUGUGGAUCAAACGAUACAAUAUAUCCCAAUUGAGGAAGAAGGGCCGCCAGAUAACACCAAAUAUUGUUACUGUCAAAAAACUAUGGCCGAAAAGGAUGACAAAAUGGUGGGUUGUGACGGAGUCAAAUGUCCCUACAAUGCAUGGUUUCAUAUUUCUUGUCUUUCACCAAGCGAGGACUACACUCAAGAAAAGUUCUAUUGCAAGGCAUGCUCCAAGAAAUAUCGCAAAAAGAAGAAACAUUAA